AUGGAUACCAUUGACGAAGUUAUAGAGCAAUAUGUUCUUGACCAAGCAAAUCACCCUUUGAAGUUGGACGAGUUUAUCAAGAGCAAACGUCGGUUCAUCGCGUCAAUAAUGGAUCUCGGUGAAAAUUAUAAAGACUUGUGGUCUGUGCGUUUUGCAAAGAUUGUCCGCAAACAUAACUUGACUGUAGCUAAAUCCCAGGUUGACUGGGGUGUGCUGACCAUAGCAUUUUUCGAACAUUUAUCCAAAAACCAAUCGGUAACCCCUUCAGAAGCAUCAUCGACAAAAAAUACUACCACCACCAAUAAUACCACCCCGAAACUAAAAGAAGGCGACUAUAAGAAGUUUGACGCGAUGUACCAAAGUCUCAAUCGCAACACCUUUUGGACACUUAGUACUGGGACGGUGGUGGAAGAUAAAGUUAAGGAGCUUGCUAUGAAACUGUCCAAUGAACACCCUAGUCAUUCAAUGAUUUUAGACACUUCUGAUCCAGUCUGGCUCGAGUAUUUCACUAAGAGUGAAUUGAAAGAAAUAGAGGAUGAAAAAAAAGUAACACUCUCAGAAUUACCUAAAAGCAUGCAAACAUAUUUGGAUUGCUACAACGGCUUGAAAACAUUGGAUGAACUCUGGAACGAACAUACGAAACAUAGCCUCCACCCAAUUCGUGAUGCAGACCUUUACUGGGUUCAUUCAUCAGUGAGGAAUGUGUUGGAGAUCUUGAUGCAUGGCCUGCACAAAAAAUUUAAGACUCAAGCUGAUUAUAUGAAGAGAGCAUGCGGAGAAUAUGUCUCUAAAGCCUCUUCAACCCGAGUUAAUCUCGAUCGCUCCCUUGCUGCAUUAUCCAGACGAAAAAUCGGUACAAAAACCGACAUUCUUUUCACCACGGAAUAUUUGUUAUUCGGCACUGUGGAAGCAGGAAAAAUAUCCGAUGUCAACAGCACAAAAACACUAUAUGAAGCAGGCAUGAAGCUGCCAAAGAACUUGAAAGAUAUGCUGUAUGAUCUUGUUCAGGAGUGUCCGUCGCAACUCAUAAAUAUAAAGACAUAUGGUAUCAUCAUUUCUGGUAUGUUAAUUUACUAA